AUGGCUCCCAAGAUGUCUCUCGUCGCUGCCGCUCUGGCCCUUCCCGCCGUCUCCAUGGCUGCUGCUCUCCCCUCCGACUCCUCCGUCCAGGUCGUGGGUGGCACUCCUGCCGCCGCCGGAGACUUUCCCUUCAUUGUCAGCUUGUCUCAAAGCGGCUCCCACUUCUGUGGUGGUGUUUUGAUUGAUGCCAACACCGUCCUCACUGCUGCUCACUGCUCUGUUGACCAAUCGGCUUCUUCUGUCAAGGUCCGAGCCGGAUCUCUUAAAUGGGCUUCUGGUGGCACUCAGGUUGGAGUUUCCAAGAUCACCGUCCACCCUGAUUACGACGCCUCAGUCGUCGACAACGACGUCGCUGUCUGGAAGCUGUCUUCCCCUAUCCAAUCCGGCAGCAACAUUGCCUAUGCCACUCUCCCUGCGUCCGGCUCUGACCCCGAGGCUGGUUCCACCGUCACUGUUGCUGGUUGGGGUCUUACCUCAGAGAACGGCUCGACCCUCCCUGCUAGCCUGCUGAAGGUCUCUGUCCCCGUUGUCUCCCGCUCUACCUGCCGCUCUCAGUACGGCACCUCAGCGAUCACUGACAACAUGUUCUGCGCCGGUGUCGAGGAGGGUGGCAAGGACUCUUGCUCUGGUGACAGCGGUGGCCCCAUCGUCGAUGAGUCCAAGACCCUCGUUGGUCUCGUCUCCUGGGGCCAGGGCUGCGCUCAGGCCGGCUACUCUGGUGUCUACGCCAGACUUGGCGCCCUGCUGACCUGGGUCAACGCCAACAUCUAA